CCCCGGCGACUUUGGGCCCGCGAAACCCGCGCGAUGAAGUGCUUGUUUGUUACAGUAGGGACCACCAGCUUCGACGACCUCAUAGCGCGCAUAACAGCGCAUGACAGCCUGCAAAUAAUCCAGAGCCUCGGUUAUAACCGACUUGUCCUACAAGUAGGUCGAGGAAGCGUGGUACCUGAGCCGUUCAGGACGGAGUCUUUUACUCUGGACGUUUACAGGUACAAGGAUUCACUGAAAGAAGACCUUGAGAAAGCAGAUCUCGUUAUUAGUCACGCAGGUGCAGGUAGCUGUUUGGAGACUCUGGAAAAAAGAAAGCCACUUAUAGUGGUUAUAAAUGAAAAAUUGAUGAAUAAUCAUCAGCUUGAAUUGGCAAAGCAGCUAUACAAAGACGGGCAUCUCUUCUACUGUACUUGCAGCACGCUUCCUGGAAUGUUACAGUCAAUGGACUUGUCAACACUGAAAUGUUUUCCUCCUGGCCAGCCAGAAAAGUUUUCUGCAUUUUUGGAUAUAGUUGUUGGAUUAAAAAAGUAAACCAUAACCUCUCAGCACUUUAAAAAUACCCCCAAAAUCCAACUUCUGGAAUGUGACUAAAUAUGUAUUUGCAGAAUAAUCAGUAAACUUACUGCAUCUAUAAAAUGUAUUGAAAAUUUUGUGGUUUAACCAUUAGCAUUUGGGCACAAAUCCUAGCAACAUUUAGUGAAUUUAUUGGGGUUUUGUCCUAGUAAAAGAGGCAGUUUUUGUUAGUUCAUCUAGUAAAAGAAAUUUGUGGUAAGUAGCAGGUUUUAUCCUGAAAUACCAAGUUAAUUUGGAGCCACAAAAAAUGAAAUUAGAAAGCUGACAGACCACAAAUGUAGUUUACUGUUCCUUAGAAUAAAAAAAGAAAUAGUAACAAACUUGUAAAAAAUUUUCUUUAGCAUCUUUAGCUUCUUAAUCUAGCAAACUAAAUUUUUAAAAGACAGGCAGAAGUGAUGGAUUGUGUCUGUGAAAUAAAAAUCUCAAAAAUUAUCUAAAAGAGUAACUAUCAGUCAGUUGAUCUAUUGUAUUGGGUUUUGCAAAAAUGCAUCAUUACUUUUCUGACAACCCACUACUUGGAGAAACUUUUUAUCCUGAAGAAUAGUGUAGUGGAUGUGUUGACUAUUUUCCUCUAAAAUAGAAAGUGAUAAAAAUCGUCUGCCUGAUGUCAAAACUUUACAGGUUUGUGAAGAAUACUUCAAAAAAGAUUUAAAACCAAUAGGGCUUGCUGUAUUUUUUUUAUUCUUCCUCU